CGCGUCACUCUCUGCGGUCGCGGAAGGCGCCCGGCGCGGCCGCAGCAUGGCGGCUGUGCGGGCGCUGCGGGUGGCGGUGCGGCAGAGGUCGGGACUCGGCCCCGCGGGGCUCAGGGCGCUGUGGGGCGGCCGCAGCAGGAAGGAGGAAAGAGCCGUGGAAGCAGCCGGAGCGGUUCCUGAGCAGGAGGAGAGGAGCGAGCCCAGCCUGAUGCAGCCCCCGCCCCGCCGCCGGAGCUUCGUCCCGCCCGAGGACCUGCAGAGCUGCCUGGAGUCCCACGUCCGGGAGGUGUUCGGGCCCUCUGUUCCCCAGGACUGGCAGCAAGCUCCGCUGCAGGAGAAGCGGCUGAAGCACCGCCUGCUGGCCGGGCUGGCGGCGGAGCUGGGACUCGCCGUCCCCAACUCGCAGCUGCACCGCAUGCGCCGCGCCGGGGACGUGCUGGGCUUCUACCGCAGCCCCGUGAGCGGCGGCAGCAAGAUGGAUGAACUCGCAGCCGCAGAGCUGCCCCCGAACCUGAAAAUCGUCUGGCAGCAGUGAGUCCCCCCCACGUAGCAUCCCUGUGCCUGGCCGGGGUGAGAGCUGUGAAUUUCAGUUCACUGAAAUCACUCAGUAAUGGUGAAGUCUCCAACAGCACUAUAAAAUAAGCUGCUGUCGAGGCAUCUUGCUGAAUUCUCCAAUGUCUGUUAAGGGCCUUGUUUUUUAAGUUUUUUCGGGUUUUAGAUUUUCUUCGCAUCUAAGAGGUGAUGCAGAUCUGCUUUUAAUCAUAUGUAGUCAGGAUGAUAAGAAAAUAAACAGUCCGAGAAAUGCA